CAAGUUUGUUUUGCUCUCUCGGUUUCAUUCAUAUACCGAGGCGGGUGCCAAAUCGCCACUCGCGAUCCAAGACGACGAAAACGGAACAGAUCGCAAGUUCAGUCUGCAGUCAGUCAUCUUUAGAUCUGCUUCCGUGUUGUGCCCGACUUGGGUGCUUGUUUUUGACGAAGAUAUUACCAGAAGUAAUCAUCAGAUUGUGCAUCCUUUCAGUGCCGGUAGUGUGGGUGGUAAAUCGCAACAAUGUCUACAUGAAAGUUCCAAAUCAAGAGUAGCAGCUUUGCGGUGCAAGCAGCUCAUAUAACAUUCCACCACAACCGGAAGUUGAUUAUUUUCUAAUUUUGAAAAUAUUGAUCCUGAAUUUUAAGUGAGUGUUGGCGCCGCCGAGGUCAACUCGGCAUCUGUUUGUAGGUCGACACUAUGAUAAGUUUACGCUCGGUUUUGGUGGUCGCCGUUUUGCUGUCGUUCCUCAUAAGGCUGAUUGCUGCUUCCGCUGGAGAUCAAAGCCAGUUCUUCCAGAAUUGUUUGAGGAAAUGCGUGCUGGAAAACUGCACCAAAUCUGGAUUGGCAUUCAAACGGCAAGGCAGCCAAAAUGCAAUCAAUAAACUUCUGCUGUGGACUUGCUACGACGAGUGCGGCUACGAUUGCAUGUGGAAGACAACGAGUGCGUUCCUGAAAAGAAAUUGGACGACUCCGCAGUUCUACGGAAAAUGGCCUUUCGUGCGGUUGCUCGGUCUGCAGGAACCGGCAUCGGUAUUCUUCUCGAUGACCAACUUCGGAACGCACUAUUCAAUGCUGAAGAAAUUUCGACGGGAAGUCCGUCCCGAUAGUCCGAUGUAUACGCUGUGGCAUGUGUUUUCGUACAUUUGUCUGAACGCGUGGAUCUGGUCAACGGUUUUCCAUUCCCGGGAUUUUCCAAUCACCGAACUGUUUGACUAUGCAUUUGCGUACUCGAUGGUUUUAGCGUCUUUUUACUGUAUGGUGAUGCGAAUGAUACACCGCAGGUCCCGAUAUUUGAAGGCUGUGUUUAGUUUAAUAUGUGUAGUAUUCUUCAUCAACCAUUUUUCUUACUUGAGUGUUGGACGGUUCGACUAUGCAUACAAUAUGAAGGCCAAUAUUGUAACUGGGAUGACUGGCGCUGCUGGCUGGAUACUUUGGUGCAUGACUCAGCGCCGAAAGCGACGCUACGUAUGGAAAUGCUUCCUUUUUAUUGUACUCGCCACAUCCUCGUUGCUGCUCGAGGUUAACGACUUCCCACCGAUAUUCUGGACACUCGAUGCCCACGCCAUCUGGCACCUUGUCACGGCACCGCUAACAGUACUGUUCUACAGUUUCAUCAUCGAUGAUUGCAGAAGCCUGCGCCACGAGCUGUACGGCAGUGCGGAUGAUGACACUCGGAAAUUGCUGUGAGACUGAAAUUUCCGGAAGACGGACCCAUAUGCAUCCUAUUUUAAACGAUAAACUGUUCAAAAUAUUCAAGUUAAUUUUGUAGUAGUUACUCGUCUGCCACCGAAAGAUCGAGAUUCGAUCAAGAACAGGACAAUAACUGGAGAGAAUUUCAGUCCAUGGUGUUAGAGGAGGACGACGUUUUCCAGAAGUAGAACAUUAUUCAGGAGAGUGUUUUGUGCAUCGUACUAGUUAUAAUUCUGUAGAUAUUUAGUAGAACAUACAUCUACUAUUUGAAAGCCAAUCCAUUCUGGUCAGACCCUUCCGAUGUAUUUAGGCAAGGGUUAUAUAAUAUAUUAUAAACAAUAUUUAUAACUAUUUAAAGCCAUUCUUGAUGUUUAAUAUAGAUAGGCGUGUAUUAUAAAAAGCAUAGAAUAGAUAGUGACUUUUGGAUGUUGUACGAUGUGUAGCAGGUUUAUGAAAUAGCAAAUAAGUUUUACCAUUCCUCUUGAAAAAGAAAUUAAUAAAAUCGUGUUGAUGAUAAUUAAAAAUAAAUCAAA